AUGGCCGGCCUCAUCACAAAGGUCGUCUUCAACAAGAUCCUGCGCGAGAACGCCUCAAACAACCAGGGCCGCACCGACCCCUACUUCGAGACGGUGCCCGCCGCGCGCCUCUCCACCUCCCGCACAAAGAAGGUCCGCCGUGCCCUCCCGCCGGGCCUCUCCGCCGAGGACGAGCGCACCCUCGUCAAGGUCAAGCGCCGCGCCUACCGCCUCGACAUGGCCUUCGGCGAGUUCUGCGGCAUGAAGAUGGGGUGGAGCUCGCUCAUUGCUAUCGUCCCGGGCUUUGGUGACGUCGCGGAUCUGCUCCUGGCAAUGAUGGUGAUCCGCACCGCCUCCGAGGCCAACCUCCCCACCUCCGUCACGCUGCAGAUGGUCUUCAACGUCAUCGUCGACUUCGUCAUCGGGCUGAUCCCCUUCCUCGGCGACCUGCUCGACAUCGCAUUCAAAGCCAACACGCGCAACGCCAUCCUGCUCGAGGACUACCUGCGCCAGCGCGGCGCCGCAAAUAUCGCUGCCCAGGGCCUCCCGCCGCAGCAGGACCCGAGUCUGGGCGCUAAUUACGAUAGACUGGAGGAUCAGCAGCCGCUGGCGCAGCCGGCGCCGGCGUAUCAGGGUGGGGGGUUGCGCGGUGGGUGGUUUGGCGGGAGGAGGGAGGAGGAUUUGGAGGCGGCGAGAGGGGAGAGGAGGGAGGGGGUGGUAGUGGUGGCGAGGGGAAGGGGGGCUCGAGACAUGGUGGGGGAGGCAUGGGGGGAGAGGCAUGGCGGGGAGAGGCAUGGAGGGGAGAGGCAUGGCGGGGAGAGGCAUAAGAUCUCCAAGAGUAAGUCUUCGAGAGAUAGGAGUGCGAGGAUGGGGCCGCAGGAGAAUGGCACUACGGUGCGAUAG